AGUGGGAAAACGCCAACGAAGAGAGACACCCAGAAUGGACGAUCUAAAGUUCCUUCCAGCUUCCAAAUUCUGGGCUGCUUUUCAGAGAUCCAGGGCUCGGGAUGCGAAUGUCCCUGUCUACAAUGGGGCUGCCGUUACAGCCUUCCUCCCGGGGCUCUGGAGACGCGCCAGCGCUUUGACACCUCUCCUGCGCUAAGGAAGAGUUGGUUUACAGAAAAAUAAGUAUAUCCUGGCCCUGCAGAAAGCCGCCAGGCGGCACGGCAAGCCCCACCGCAGCCCAGGCGCCAUCAUCUGCCUCAGCAGUUACCUCGGCGGCCCGCCGCGAGGAGGUUCUUCAAGGCCUGCGCGCCCACGGACACUACCAGGGAGCGCGGCGGGCAGCCGGAUAGCAGGACGCUGAGGGAAGCCCCGCAGUCGCUUGGCGUCCCCGGCGCCAGCUCACGACCCAGCGACCUUCCUGCGGCCCAAGCGUCCCCUGGCGGCGAGGCCGGCUCGUUAGAGCGACAGAUGGGGUAGUCCAAAGGCCAAGCAGCGUUUCUGCAGAUGAGCAUGCGCAGCCCCCACCGUUCGCUCAGCCAGAGAGAGGCUUCUCAGCCAAUCCGAGAGCCUCAGAGUCAUCCUCCCGCCCACCCAGCAUACAGGCGGGGCGUUCCUCCUUAGCGAAUGGGAAAAGACAUUCGCCCGCGGUCCGCACGCGCUGCUUGCAAAGGGGUGGGGUUGUGGAGCGGAUGCUUUGGCAAGAUGGCGGGGAGCGGCGUCCGCCAAGCUGCUUCUACCGCCAGCACCUUCGUGAAGCCCAUUUUCAGUCGGGACAUGAACGAGGCCAAGCGGAGGGUGCGCGAGCUCUACCGCGCCUGGUAUCGGGAGGUGCCGAACACUGUGCACCAAUUCCAGCUAGACAUCACUGUGAAAAUGGGACGGGAUAAAGUCCGAGAAAUGUUUAUGAAGAAUGCCCACGUUACAGACCCCAGGGUGGUUGAUCUUCUGGUCAUUAAGGGAAAGAUCGAACUGGAAGAAACAAUUAACGUAUGGAAGCAGCAGACACAUGUUAUGCGGUUCUUCCAUGAAACAGAAGCACCAAGGCCAAAGGAUUUCCUAUCCAAGUUCUAUGUUGGCCACGAUCCAUGAAGUCAUUCAGUGGAAAGAUGCACGUUGAUACUAUUUUAGAGCACAAAUAAACUCACUAUACGAUGGUCA